AAUCUCAUUAUCCAGAGUAUGUACAAGCACACACGAAAGAAAACUCUCUUCUAUUCUCCAAGUAGAGUUUGACUUUAGUGGACUGUAUGUACGGAGUACCUACCGGUCUUCUCUUCGUACUCCCUCCCGAAUCUAGGAAUCUAAGUCCGCCGCAAUCGCCGCCAUCAGCGCCGGUCGGAUCUCGGACCAAACACACACAUAACCAGCAGGAAAGACUUGGGAAAAGCACGCACUUUUCGGAUGUCUCUCGUACCCGUCCAGACCUUCGUAGGUAGGAGGGUCUUGAGCCAGCGUAGGCACAGUAGAAUCUGGUGUCUGUUACGGAGUACUGUACUUCGUGCCAGAUUUCGCCGAGGGGAAUUGUGGGCAUCCCAGGGAAACAUGCCCGGGCCAGUUCUUGCUGAACCUCACGCACUCACUCACUCACGUGCUUGCUUGCUGGCUGGCUGGCUUGCUGUGCGGACUUUUAACUAACUUGACUGUCUUACUCAUGCCUGACUCAUGC